AAUGUUUUUAACAUUUUAAUAGCUGAAAAAAAUAGAAAAAUAUGAUUAUGUUGAUAAAAAGCAAUGGCAACAUUAAAUGAACCUGUGAUAAGUGAAGAAAAAGUUGAAGAUAUUUUAGAAGGAACAGAACCUGGAGCAAGGAAUUUAGACGAAUCUUUGUUUGCAGCAGAAUCUUUCGAAGAUUUAAGCCAUGAAGUUGAAGCUGCAAAGUUAGAUGGACAGACAUCUAGUCGAACAUUGUCUAUAAGUUCAGCAGGGAGGAGAACGAAAAGUGAUGAACUUGAGGAUGCAGGCUCUGAAGAGGAUUCAUUGCCCACUGAUGCGCAAAAAGUUGAUGAUGAAAAUGCUGAGGAGGAAGCCAUAGAUGAGGCAAGAUUAAAACGAGCCGAAUCAAUAAUUGCACCAGAAAGACAAGCUUCAAUAGAAGAUAUGAAUGAUCCAGAGUGGAAAAGUCAUAAAAAGCAUGUGUUCAUUUUAAGUGAAGCUGGUAAACCUAUCUACACUAGAUAUGGAAAUGAAGAAAAUUUGGUGACCAUGAUGGGAUUAAUGCAAGCUAUUGUCUCCUUCAUACAGGAUAACAAAGACAAUAUAAGAAGCAUCACCGCUGGAAACCACAAGUUUGUAUUUCUGAUAAGAGGACCGAUCAUCUUGGUUGCAGUUUGUUCCUCCACUGAUUCACAAGCACAGCUUGUUCUUCAACUGACGUACGUCUAUCAUCAAGUGUUAAGCGUGUUAACAUUCACUCAGUUGACGAAAAUUUUUGAACAGAGAAGAAAUUACGAUCUAAGAAAGCUUUUAGCCGGUACAGAAAAAUUUAUCGAUAAUUUACUCAAUUUGAUGAGUUAUGAUCCAAGUUUUUUACUUCAAGCAGUUAGAUGUCUACCAUUACCAAACGCUAUUCGUGAUGCUAUUGGUCAGGCAUUUCAAAGUGCAAAAUCGCAAGAACUAGUGUUUGCUAUUUUGGUAGUAAAAAACCAGCUAGUAACAAUGGUGCGACCAAAAAAGUUCAGUCUGCACCCAUCGGAUUUACACCUUAUAUUUAACCUUGUCAGUGCGUCUACAGCUUUUCAUACAGCAGAGUCUUGGACACCGAUAUGUUUACCUCGUUUUGAUAACAGCGGUUAUUUGUACGCACACGUGUCUUACCUAGACGACAACUGUCCUGCUUGUCUUCUCCUUCUUUCUACAGAUAGAAAUGCGUUCUUUACGUUAUCCGAAUGCAAAGCGAAAAUAUUGGAAAAGAUGGAGAGGCAUAAAUGUUUAGAGCAUUUAACAAGAGCUGCGGAGAAGGGAGAUUACAGAAUAGAGGAAGUUGGAAUUUCCGAGUUGUGGCAUUUUAUAUACAAAUCUCGAAGUACGGCACAAUUUACAUCACCGAAAAUUUCUCAUCCAUAUAUUACACCUGAAGAACAGGAAAGAUUAUAUGGUCUUUAUCUUCACUUGCAUCACCGAAUACACUCCAGUUCCAGACCACUUAAAAUUCUAUGCUACUCAACGAAACGAGAAAUGAUAUUGGGUUGGGUGACGUCAGGUUUCGAGUUAUACGCAUCUUUCAGUCCUCUCACAAGCAAAGCCGCGGCUAUAAAUGCAGUGAAUCGAUUACUUAGGUGGAUAAAGAAAGAAGAAGAUGUGUUGUUCAUCAUCAAUUCAUAUACGUUCUAAACACAAAAGCCUUAUGUGUGAGAACAGGACAACAUUCGUACGCAACAGGGCGCACAUGUCGUUCUUGCUCGGACUGUAUUUGAUCAUAAUUAAUAAAAAAGGGUUCACACACAGCCUCCUUGAAACUUAACAAA